GGGGCGCGCGUGUCAUCACCACGGCUUAGAGGUCGGCUUGGUAGGACCCCACCACCAGAUGUGCUAAAUAUGCAUGAGAACGAAGAAGAAGAGGAAGACGAUGUGGAGGUUUUGGAAGAAGGAGUGGGGACGGUUCUGGAGCCUCCUGAUUUUCAAGCCGGUGUUGGACUUAGCCAAUUCGAAAUUGAAAAAUUUGUCGCCUCAGCGGACACUUUAUCACCAACUUAUCUGCAGCAACAAGAGGAGGGAGAGGUGGGACCUUUCUGCGCUAUUUGCCUAGAGAAAUUUACUGUUGAAACUUUAGUGGUUAUUCCGGUGUGUGGCCACAAAAUGUGCUGGACGUGUUUUGAAAAGCUUUCACAGACUUAUCGGGCCUGCCCUGAGUGUCGUCGUGAUUUAGUUCGCGGCACAACAUAG